AUGCCGACCGACGUUUGGGCCAAGGCCGACGGCACCUCUUCGGAGGAAGAAGAGGAAUCGGAUGAUGAGUCCGGAGCCCCGGCCGCCACCACCCAGGAGGCCAAGUCCCAGGUGCUGCAGGAGAUCAAGCAGGUCACCCAUCAGUCCGAAGCCGUGGCCGCCCCGGCUCAAUCCGCCGAAAAAUCCGAGCAAGAGAAACGGGCCCUCGAGGAGCGACAACGACUUCUAGAAGCACAGAAAGCCGCCCAAGCUGCCCAGGCUGCGGCCAUGCAGCAAGCGGCGGCUUCUCGACAGGCCCAAGCCGAGGCCAAGGCACGACAAGAAGCUGCCCUGAAGCAAGCCCAAGAAGCCCAGGCCAAGGCCCAAUCCGACGCCAAAGCGCGCCACGAAGCCGCACAAAAACAAGCCCAAGACGCCCAGGCUAAGGCACAAGCCGACGCGAAAGCCCGUCAGGAAGCCGCUCAGAAACAAGCCCAAGAAGCCCAAGCCAAGGCUCAAGCCGACGCCAAGGCUCGCCAGGAAGCCGCUCAGAAACAAGCCCAAGAAGCCCAGGCCAAGGCUCAAGCCGACGCGCAAGCCCGCGCUGCCCAGGCCAAGGCCCAGGCCGACGCGCUGGCCGCACAGAGGCAAGCCGCCCAGCAGCAGAGGGUUGCUGCACAACAGCAGAAGACGGCCCCCCAGCAGCAGGCUCAGCCCCAGCAACAACAACAACAGCAGCAACUUGGCAAGGCGCCAGCCGUCAAGACCCAGGAACUGAACCUCGGCUCCCAGGCUACCAGCCAUGCCGUCAAGCAACCGCUGAAGGAGCCAGGCAAGCUCGCCGCCCCAGCCCCCGCCAAACCCGACGCCCCGAAGGAGGCCGCCCAACUGCCCGGCAAUACGGCCCUUCGGCAAACCGCCAAGGCCCAAGAAUCCUCAAUGUCCGACGCCCCGCUCCAUCCCGUUCACACGGCCGCACUUGCAGGAGUCAACGCACAGAAGCCGCAGGUGAAGCAGGCCGGCGUGGAGGAGCGAUUCGCGGAAAAGGUCGAGCAGCAACCGGAAACCCAGCGAGUGCAACGCCAGGGACUGCUGAACGGUGCGCAGAAGUGGGAGCAGGACUCGGCGCAGAGGGAAGAAGUCGCCCAGAUGACCCUCGAACGUGGGCCCGCCGGAAUCCGGCUCCAGGACGACACCUGCUGGCAAACGCAGAAGCGCGUCGCGCCCGAGAUCGACGUCCCAGCCGUCGGAAAGGUGACGAUCCCCGAGUUCAGCGAUGACCACGAGGUCAUGCGAACGAUCGUCGCCCAGCCGGCCGGCUUCCAGAAGGUCGCCUGGAACGAGUUCCCCGAGGAGAAGCAGGUCGAGCGCAUCCAGGCGCCGCGCGUCAAGGCCCAGGAGUGGAAGCCGGUCAACCAGGAAGAAAUGGAGGUGCUGCGCACAAACUACAACCCGGGCCGUGUGAGCGCCGUCUGGCCCCCACCACAAGAAGAGAUCGUCAAGGACAGUGGAGCCGUGACGCGCGUGCGUGUUGGAGACGAUUUGGGAUGGAUCCAGCAGGAACAGCACGAGGUCCCUCGCUUCUCCUCCCGCACCUCCCGGAUCAACCGUGCCUGGCCGCCGCCCGAGCACGAGGUCCAGACCCAGGAUGUGCACGCCUCCCACCUGGGCCCCGUCGUUUGGCCGCCGCCCGAGUUUGAGGAGAAGGAGAAGGAGGUCGUCGACUCGCUUCACAACACCCUCCCCGUCGGCCAUAUCGAUCGCCAGUGGCCGCCGGCGGCUCCCGAAUACACCAUGGUCCCGCAGCGUUCCCCGGUCGUCGACACCCAGCACGGGCCGCAGGAGAUUUCCGAGACCGUGGUCACGACAACACAAGUCGUCCGCCAGCCCAUGGCCGCCAACUCGCUGGAUUUCGGCCAUCUGGAGACGGUCUACGAC